AUGCCACGCGUUCUGAGUUCAUCCAAUCCGGGACCACUGAUGUCUAUCAAUCAUCUUAUCAGAUCAUCUAAUCUGAUCCCAUCGACCCCACCGUUCGGCAAAAGGAUGCAUUGCACCCCACUCCGCCCCAGUAAGAUGCGUCGCCGGCGGGAGGACGAUCACCUCGAAGGGGCCAUACAAAACACCCCCCCCCCCCUUGCUGAUGAAGAAAAAUUGAGAAAGAGAGGCAUUUUCUGUCUGUUUACAUGUACUCUGCGCUGA